AUGAAGGAGGUCAGACCAGACGUCAGCGCCGUCUUUGUCCCAGCAAAAUUCGCAGCCACAGCAAUUCUCGAGGCGAUUGAAGCAGAGGUUCCCCUCGUUGUCUCUGUAGCAGAACAUGUACCUGUUCACGAUAUGCUUCGGGUUCAUGAGGUCCUAAGAACACAGUCCAAGACCCGACUGGUAGGUCCCAAUUGUCCUGGCAUAAUCUCCCCGAACCAGUGUCGUGUAGGCAUAAUGCCCUACAAGCAGUAUACUCGCGGCUGUGUCGGUAUAGUGUCCAAAUCAGGUACAUUGAGCUACGAAGCUGUUGGGUCUACUUCGCGAGUUGGCUUGGGACAGAGUCUUGUUGUGGGAAUGGGAGGCGAUAUGCUACCAGGCACGACCCUGGCAGAUGGACUGAAGCUCUUCUUCAACCAUGAUGAAACCAAGGGAAUCGUCGUCAUUGGAGAAAUUGGGGGCGAGGCGGAGCUCGAAGCCGCGGAGCUCAUUAGAGAACAUCGCCGCACGUCCCCAAGACCCAAGCCUGUCAUAGCGAUGGUAGCAGGGCGCACGGCGCCUGAAGGAAAGGCCAUGGGACAUGCUGGUGCGAUCUGGAGAGAUGGAGAUGUAACUGCAGAGGCUAAGACUAAAGCUCUAGAAGAUGCAGGAGCUUUCAUCGCGCCGCACCCUGGAGUCAUGGGCGAAAGGAUGAAGGAGUUGCUUGGGAUGUAA